AAACCGGAUGUCAUUGUCUCCCGGGUGAACCGGCCUUUGCAACGAGGGAAGGCGAGUGCAGGUCCACGUACCUGUAGACAUGGGACGCAGAAAGUCAAAACGGAAGCCACCACCCAAGAAGAAGAUGACGGGGACCCUUGAGACCCAGUUUACCUGCCCCUUCUGCAACCAUGAGAAAUCUUGUGACGUGAAAAUGGACCGUGCCCGCAAUACUGGAGUCAUCUCUUGUACCGUGUGCCUAGAGGAAUUUCAGACGCCCAUCACAUAUCUGUCAGAACCCGUGGAUGUGUACAGCGAUUGGAUAGAUGCCUGCGAGGCGGCCAAUCAGUAGCAAUGCAGAAGGCCCACCCCCUGGGCAGCCCUGCCUGCCGUGGACCUACCCCCAGGGUUCCACACCAGAGACAUUCUAGGGGUUCAGGGUGUGGGUCCAGGGUUAUCACAGCCCUCCGUGUGUGUUGAUGGAGUGGAAGUUGGUGUGAGUUUGGGGGACUGCCUAUUAGCUGUGGGGGUGUGCUUAUGCUUGGGUGUUAAGGGGCUUCUGGGCCUGAGGGGCCUGAACUGGCCUCACUUGGCCCCAGAAGCCUCUGUCUUGCUCCCUUCUCUAGCCCCAGAUCCCCCCAGCUCCUGGGAGGAGCAGUUUCCUGACACUCUGGGCAAGGGAAGCCUGGGAGAGGCUAGAGCGGGACCAUUUGGGACUUCUCACCCACCUCACCAGCACCUCACCUGGACUUCCUGACCUUCCCCACCUUCAGAUGCCCAUGGCCUGGGAUUCAAAGCCACUGUCAACAAGGUCCCUUGACUGGGCCUUGUCAGGCAGCCAGCUCCCCUGUGCUAACUGGGAAGCCUAAUUUCAUGUCAGCUGCCUUUGUGGAGGGUCAGGUACAACUGUCAGUAACAGGCCCUUAAAUAAAGCAGCUGCCACAGAUCCUGGCCAUCAUGA